AUGUAUGUAUCCCCGUGCAAAACAAAUCGAACUGAAAAUCGCUGAAAUUCGAAAAUUCGCUAUCUGAAAAAUCGAACUGAUAUAAAUGAAACUAUAAUAUUGCUGCCCACCAAUCAUCCGACAACCAGGAUUCAAACGGCCGCCGACAUGCGCUAUUUGCACGAUCUAAAUGUCCAGAUAUCCCAGAACCGUCGAUCCGUCUCCGUUUCCAAGCAACUGGACAGGGAUCUGUGCAACCAGCACUUCGACACCUUCGAAACGUUCUGGGGAAGACCAGGACAUGGAGCCCGUGGCGACAAUAUCAACAAACUGAAACUGGACAAUCUGCUCUACGGCGCCAGCGAAUCGACGUAAGGUCAAGGAUGCCUGAUACCU